CUGGGGUCUUCUUCCCCAACUCAGACGACGCACGGGCGCACGUCGCAGGCAACCAACGCUGCGGCUGGCCGGCUGCGCUUGGGGUUCUCGCUACUAGCCGUAGGUGUGACCGCCUUUGUACCCAUCCAUCAGGGAUUGGAUUGAUUUCUUCCUCCGUUGGUUCUUGGGCUCGCGCGCGCGAUGGAUGAGUGGAUUCGGCAAGCAGAGGCCUGGGUAGGCCAAGCGGAGAGCUGGAUCCGUCAGCAACCCCCGGAACAGAUCUACGUCGCCGCCGUGGUGGUUGCCGUCACAAUCCUGGUCCUUAUUGCAGCUUCUUGUCUGAAAUCUUCGAAACCGAACACCAUAGUGCUAUCUGGGCUCAGCGGCAGUGGCAAAACUACUCUUUUCUACCAGCUUCGGGAUGGAUCAUCACAUCAAGGAACUAUGACUUCAAUGGAAGAAAACAAUGAUGAAUUUGUGCUGAACUCAGAGAAGGAAAGAAAAGGAAAAGUGAGACCUGUGCAUAUUGUUGAUGUCCCCGGUCAUGCAAGGCUCAAACCCAAGCUCGAUGAAGUGCUGCCUAAAGCAGCUGGGAUUGUUUUUGUUGUUGACGCUCAGGACUUCUUGUCUAGCAUGCAAGCUGCUGCAGAGUACCUGUAUGACACUCUAACGAAGGCCUCUGUAGUGAAGAAAAAGGUUCCUGUGCUAAUAUUCUGCAACAAGACAGAUAAAGUUACAGCUCACUCAAAGGAAUUCAUCAAGAAGCAGUUGGAAAAAGAGAUAAACAAGCUUCGGGAAUCAAGGAACGCCAUAUCAUCAGCUGACAUCUCUGAUGAAGUCAAGCUUGGGGUACCCGGAGAGGCCUUUAACUUCAGUCAAUGCCAGAACAAGGUGACAGUUGCUGAAGGUGCUGGUUUGACUGGUAAUGUUUCGGCUGUUGAGCAAUUCAUUCGCGAAUAUGUGAAGGCCUAGUAGACUCAUUGGAUCAUUUAUCUGAGCUGUGAAUGAUUCACCUGAUGGCAAGACACCUUCAUAGGUUCUGCUGACCAUGUUGGGUCCAGUACAUUUUGCGUUGAUUCUGCUGACCUUGUUAGUGGCAUUACAUUUUUCUUGCAUUGCUAACUCGUGAUGAGCGUUGCAUAUGCAAAUAUAGCCUUUUAAAGAACUAUCGCUGAUUAUGUCUGUGCUGUGUUUGUUCCCA